GAGGGGGAGGGAGGGGGAGGCGGCACUUGGGCUGCAGCUCUCAACCCGAGGCAGUCAGUCCCUCUCAGCGCUAGGGAAGACCGAGAGAGGCAGCGGCAGAGUAGGAUGCUCUGCGGGGCGCCCUGAGCCAGGGGCUCUUGAAGCAGCUUCGGGGACAGGGGCAACUGGACAGCUUUCACCAUGCAUCAGUCCCUGACUCAGCAGCGGUCCAGCGACAUGUCCCUUCCCGAUUCCAUGGGAGCCUUCAAUAGGAGGAAGCGGAACUCCAUCUACGUCACCGUUACUUUGCUUAUUGUGUCCAUGUUAAUUCUCACGGUGGGCCUUGCUGCGACUACCAGGACCCAGAAUGUGACCGUGGGAGGUUAUUACCCAGGAGUUAUUCUUGGCUUUGGAUCAUUCCUUGGGAUCAUCGGGUCAAACCUGAUUGAGAACAAGCGGCAGAUGCUGGUGGCUUCUAUCGUGUUUAUCAGCUUUGGUGUGAUUGCAGCAUUUUGUUGUGCUAUAGUUGAUGGGGUCUUUGCCGCCAGACACAUUGAUUUGAAACCACUCUAUGCUAACCGGUGCCACUAUGUUCCCAAGACAUCACAGAGGGAAGCUGAGGAGGUCAUAACUUCCUCAUCCAAAAUUACUCCUUCUACGAGGGCUUUGAGGAACCUUACCCAGGCAGUUAAAGAGGUGAACUGCCCUCAACUUAGCCGUGGACUUUGCACACCUCGCAUCCGGGGCAACACCUGCUUCUGCUGUGACCUCUACAACUGUGGCAACAGGGUGGAAAUCACCGGCGGCUACUAUGAGUACAUUGAUGUCAGCAGCUGCCAGGACAUCAUCCACCUGUACCACCUACUCUGGUCUGCCACCAUCCUCAACAUCGUUGGCCUGUUCCUGGGUAUCAUUACUGCUGCGGUCCUUGGGGGAUUUAAGGAUAUGAACCCUACUCUUCCGGCACUGAACUGCUCUGUUGAAAAUGCCCAUCCAACUGUUUCUUACUAUGCGCGUCCCCAAGUGGCAUCGUACAAUACCUACUACCAUAGCCCUCCUCAUCUGCCACCGUAUUCUGCUUAUGACUUUCAGCAUUCCGGUGUCUUUCCAUCCUCUCCUCCUUCUGGACUCUCCGAUGAGCAGGAGCCCCAAUCGCCCUCUCCUUCACCCAGCUACAUGUGGUCCUCCAGUGCGCCACCCCGUUAUUCUCCACCCUACUACCCACCUUUUGAAAAGCCACCACCUUACAGUCCUUAAAGAGGAAUACCUGUCGGCUAUUGAGAUUAUUGUGGCUUUUGUAUUUCUGCUCUAGUGGAAGUGUGUAGGUUACAUCUAAAGUGUGACUCUUCUACAUCAAGUUUUACAACAGCUUGCCAAGCUAGGGAAAGAUAGGGAUGAAGCUUACUCAUUAUCAAGGAAGGACAGGAUUGGCUAGGCCAAACCUAGUACUUCGAAGAAAGCAAGUUCACUAAGCAGGGCUGGGGAGCCAGUCCAGCAAGAAGCAUGGCUUCUUCAGAUACGCAUUUCCUGAUGCUCCGCCUCUAUACAGUACAAGUGUGGUUGCCAUCUGUUUCACUUUAAGUAAACGACAGCAGUCCUCGGGCCCUUGGUAGAUGACUAUGAUAGCACCUUGGUUGAAUCACCUGGUCUAUAGGCUCUAUCUUUCCCUACAAUUGAUGUCACUCUUAGGAAAAUUUCGUAGCUGAUUGGGCUACACAGUAGUUCCAAUACAGAAAGUUGUGGCUUUUUGUUUGCUCGUGUCUGGAUAUUGAAAAAAAAAAGCUGCCAAUCUCUUUACUCUGUUCUCCAAGUCGUGUAAAAAUGGCUGUUGUGAUCAUUCAGCUUUUGUGGCUGGUACCUCCUAAGGGGAAAAGUGCAAGAGUCCCUUCUCCUGAGUGGUGAGAGACCAUGACCGGCUGAUGGAGAAGCACGGAAAUACAGAGCAACAUGUGUGCUGUUUUCGGUAGAUCUCAGCAUACAUCUGGCAACUUAGGAGACAGUGUUCCUACUAUAUGUUGCAUUAUUACAAAACACAUUUGCUACUGGAGAUAGACAUCUUACAGUUGAAAUUCAGAGUUUAAAAAUGCUAGAUUAGAUUGGAUCGUGGUAUGAAUUGUUACUUAUCUUUGUGACUAUUUAAUCUUCAGCUAUUGUGCUUUCACCCCAGCAAACCGCACGGUCCUGCACCCCACCACUGAAAACUCAUCUGUAUUUUAAUGCCACUGCUCUUAUUGGUCCCUUUUUUCUGUUGAGAUCAAUUGUGACAGCAUUCAAUUCAAGAUUAUGAAAAUGCUACAAUGCCAUUUCAAGUCUUCAAGACCUCAAAUAUAGCCAACUUGACAAACUCUUAAGUGUUACGCAUUUAAAAGUCCACCGGGCAUAGUGUGGUAGUUAUAUAGUUGUUUUAAUGAUACAGAGCUUUAAACCAUCAAACUGUUGAGACUCUAGCACCCAUGCCUUCACUCCAGCAUGAACACAUUCACUGGGAUUUUAUUUUAACCUGAGAAAUGGUUUAAAAGAAGAUUGAUAAUCCUACACUUGUAUUAUGUAAAAGUACAGGAGCUACAGAGGACGCCUAAUUAGACAGUUCUGCAAACACAAGAACACACACUGGAAACAUUUCCAGCCCAUUUCGCUGCCUCCCUUCUUUGAUGGUUGGAGGCAGCAGACCAAUGCUGGUGCUCCCAUCUACCUUGUAGACACCUGGUCAUCAAGAAUCACCAAGGCACAACAAGUGCACUCACUGUUACGGUAAAUGUUUGCAAAACAUUCAGUUUAACUUUCAAUGUCUCUUAUCCAGUCUUCAAAUCCAAAAGACUACAAUCCUUUUAUGUUACACAAAAUUACUGUUAUUUUUUCAGUUCUGAACAUAUUAAAAUUCUAUUGGGCUUCAAAAAGGACUAAUAAUCAAUUGACUUAUAGAGAUACCUAAGGGUUUUUUCUUCUCACUUACACUUUACCCCUUGCUGUAGGGAAUGUGUGUAUUUUAAAGGCACCAUUACAAAGUAUAUCUUUUAUGAUCACAUUUCUUAAAGUGUUAAGAUUCUAUGACUCAUUUCUAUGUAUUUUUUUUACUUUACAAAAUAACUUGAAACAGUAUAGAUUUUGUAACACUUAAUUUGAGCAGCUUUUUUUUUAAUCACAUUGAAUUAUAUCAAGUGCAUGCUACCUUAGGAAAAAUUAUAUUUGCUGCUUCACUCUUCUGCAAAACAUUUGCUGUAAUGAAGGAAUUUGUAUUUCCAAUGUAUCUUGACGGCAUUUUAUAACAUUUACUGCUUUCUUCCUAAUUCUGCUCUAAAGUAUUGAACUUGGCAUGAAAUAUUAAAAUAUUAAUUCAAAACCUGUAUAAAAUAGAUGUUGCUUAAAAUUUGUAUCACUGCCACGUUGGAAACCCAGACAGCUUUUGUGAUGUUUCAAAUUAAUAAAAUUAUCUUCCCUAUCCACUUACAGGU